CGUCACAUAUGAAGUCUCCGAUGGUGAAGGUGACUUGUGUGCUCUCAGUCGAAGUCUUCUUUAGAGAGCGAGUCGGGACAAUUAAUUCCAUGCAUGAGGUAACGGAGUGGAGAAAGUUUGAGCAUCAUGGAAUGGAAGAAAUUGUGUGCUUCAGUUGGCUUACAAAUUUGUGAUUUGGCAUAGCGUAGCAUGCACCUCCACCUUCGCCCUGUUCUUCUGAUUAUGGCGGCCAGGAGUAGGUAGGUAGGGAGGGAGAUCAAACUGCGCGCCAUGGCUUUCCCUUUACGCUUCUUAUCAUCACUGUUGUUGUGCCUCUUGGCCCUCCUCCUCCAUCGGGCCACGGUGACAAGUGGAUGUUUCAGCAUGGAGAGGGAGGCACUGUUGGACUUCAAAGCUGGUGUCCGAGACACCCGCAACCGGCUAUCUUCUUGGACAGGCCACCACUGUUGCACAUGGAAGGGAGUGGCCUGCGACACCACCACUGGCCACGUCGUCAUGCUGGACCUCCGAAACACCAAUACAUAUGGUUGGGAAUUACGCGGUGAGAGGAUGAACUCGUCAUUGCUUGCUUUAUCACAUCUGGAGCACUUGGAUCUUAGCUUCAAUGAUUUCAGCAGAAUCCGCAUACCGGAAUUCAUCGGCUCCUUCGAGAAACUGAGAUACCUCAAUCUAUCUUCUACAUAUUUCUUGGGAGGAAUACCUGCUCGGCUGGGGAACCUUUCGAGCCUCUACGUUCUUGAUCUAAGCGUUGCCUUAUACGUCAAUGAUCAUGGAGACGGAUAUCCCGUCGACAACCUCGACUGGCUCUCCCAUCUCACGUCCUUGAAGAACCUGGACUUGAGCGGGUUGAACCUAACCGAUGUCCCAGAUUGGUUCUCAUCCGUGAACAUGCUGCCUUCCCUCCAAGUGUUAAGUAUGUCUUCCGUUGGUCUCAAUACCAUCCCAGCAUCUGUUGUCCACGUCAACUUCACCUCCUCUCUUACUGUGCUUGAUCUCUCCUUUAAUAAUUUCAACUCCACCUUACCCAAAUGGUUGGGGAAUAUUAGUAGUCUUACCCAUCUUGUUCUCCAUUAUUCUGGGUUCUAUGGUGUUAUUCCCGAUGCAAUUGGAGACUUGGGCAGACUGAAAGAAUUGCGUAUGCUGGGCAACCAAUUGACAGGAAAUUUGAGUGGUUGGUUGGAGCAAAUGACGAAUCUCAUCAUUUUAGAUCUCCGAUAUAAUUUAUUCAACGGUUCCAUGCCUUCCUCUGUUGAUGCCUGCGAGUAGAUUGAAUUUGGUUAUGUAUCAAGGCAACAAAUUAUAUUGUUUAUGGUUCAAACUCUUGUGACUUGUGAUGUAAUAAUCCAUUAGUGGGAUGUCUUUGGUGAACUUAUUUGUGUUUGAGAGCUCAAUAUGUAGCUGCUGGACAUUAUGGACGUAUCUGUUUUGUAUUGUGUCAAGUGCAUGUAUUUGGAUUUAAGUUGCGUACAAGUUUAAGCCUUGCAAUUCUCAUAUAAAAACUUAUGGAACUGUGGUUAAAAUA